AUGGCCGACUCUAGGAACAAGGGUGUCGAGCGGACUAAUGGAGCUAGCUCAAGCCAAGCUGGCUUCCAACCGCAGGUCAACAUGACAGUCGAGCGCCCUAGACAGGAGGACCUGCAACAGAGUUAUGCGUCCAUCGUCGGUACUGAUGCCAACCCCAAGGGCUGGUAUGGAUCGAUGAUUAAUGCUAUCGGCUCUUGUGUGGGUUCUCUCGGAGCUAUUCCCUGCAUCAUCUGCUGCCCUAAUCCCUAUAAGCAAGUCAGUCAAGGCAACGUGGGACUUGUCACCAAGUUCGGGAAAUUCUAUAAAGCUGUCGACCCUGGUCUUGUAAAGAUCAAUCCUCUCAGCGAGAAACUGAUCCAGGUUGACGUCAAGAUCCAAAUCGUUGAGGUCCCCAAGCAAGUUUGCAUGACCAAAGACAAUGUCAAUGUCGAACUGACGUCGGUCAUCUAUUACCACGUCACUUCGCCGCAUAAGGCUGCAUUCGGAAUUACCAAUCUACGACAGGCCCUUGUCGAGCGGACACAGACAACCCUGCGACACGUCGUCGGUGCGCGCGUCCUGCAAGACAUUAUCGAGCGCCGCGAGGAGAUCGCGACGAGCAUUAGCGAAAUAGUUGAGGAUCUGGCGAGGAGCUGGGGGUGUGAAAUUUCCGCCAUCCUCAUCAAAGAUAUUUACUUUUCUACUGAUCUCCAGAAUUCCUUAUCUAUGGCAGCGCAGAGCAAGCGUAUUGGAGAGAGCAAGAUUAUAGCGGCGAAAGCUGAAGUAGAAUCGGCCCGGCUUAUGCGUCAAGCAGCAGAUAUCUUGUCGUCCGCGCCGGCGAUGCAAAUCAGAUACCUAGAGGCAAUGCAAGCCAUGGCAAAAACAGCGAACGCGAAGGUCAUUUUCCUCCCGGCCGCGAACCAGACGAUGCCAAAUAUCAACAACGCUAUGGCUCAGGCAGCCAAACAAUAUGAAAUCGGCGAGUCGAGUGGGACUCACGAUGACGACGGGUUCUCACAGGCGGUCAACGCUCACAUCAUUGAGAACAUCUAAUGCGAAUUGCGAAUAUUCCUCCCCGAUUUCGAGUUUAUGUCGAAAUUCUGUAUUCUGUAUUUUAAUUCGCUAAUUUAUGAUCAACAACGAGGCUGUAAUGAUGGGGAAUUACGUGUUAUUGGGUUGGACAUACCUCACGAAAGAGCCGAGCCUGACUGGUUGCAGACCAGGCGAAGGAUAUAUAUACCUAAAAAAUGAUCAACUAUGUGAGAAGAUGCCGAAUGGAACUGGUUGGGCUGAGGGAAAGGCGGUUACCGAUACCCAUUAUGGAUACCCAUCGUUCGAUUGAGAUAUGGUUAUUAUUGCGCCUCUAUUUAUGUAGUUUCUAUUUUUUGUAGUUUUUUUUUCCUUGCUGGAGGUUCUGUUGCUUGGGCCUAGUAGGACAGUAUCAAAAUUAGUAU